AUGCCGAAAUGCGAAUUGUUUUAUUUUAAUGUUUUUGUAAAUGGACAUCCUCUGAAAGAGUACACCAUCGGUUCUGAGUUCUACAUUGAAUCUGACCUUCAUACAGAGUCGUCGUAUUGCAUUGAGGAGCAGGAUGCCGAAGGAAACACACAGAGGUACCCUGUGACACCUUUCAGUAUCCAUGGGUGCAUUAACAACACAUACGACUUCCCUAUGUACCUGAAGCUGUGUGUUGAUGGGCAGCAGAUUUGGAUGAAACCUUUUCCUCCACACAAGAAAGAGGUGUUUCGGGUAAAGGGAUACAAACACCAACAUGUGAUUCGGGAGCUGCUCUUUACACUACCCAGGAUGGAUGAAAGUCAUUCACCUCAAAAAAAGAGACAGAAGAGUGGUGAUAAGUCCACAACAGAGAGUGAAGCUGAUAACUUGCAGGGUACCAUUAGCAUGCAGUGUAUAGAAGCAAAGGCAGUUGGUACAUUUACCACCUGUGGAACCACAUUCUUAGAAGCCAGAUCAGCAGAGCUGUCUUCAUGCCCAAGCUUAUGUCAGUCAUCGAAGAAACAUGUGUAUUUUCUGUAUGUUUCAGGAAAUGUUGGUGUUUCAACCCGAGAAGGCCGAAGUCUAUAUCAUGUAAGCCAAGACCACAACAGAAGGAAAACAAUGGUGAGGUACAAAGUAGGCCAGCACCAUUUUGAAGGAGUAGUUAUAAAGUACCGCCCUCGCUACACACUUCAGGAGCUGGGCAUAACAGACGAGGCCUGGAACUCUAUCAACACCUCCAGGCAGAAAUCUCAAAACAUAGAUACAAAUGAUUCCAAAUCAAAUGUUAAACAACAAGGAGCAGACGAAGAGGUUGGUAAUGAGAAUGUAGAUCCAAACGUCAAUGAACCUCUAGAUUUUACUGACAAGUUCAGGAAAAUGAAUUGCUACACCCCAACACCAAGCUCUGGAUCAGCUGAUCAGGAAUCUCAAGGCAUUAAUGGUGGACGUUUAUUCUGCCUAUCACCUCGUGCUAAACAUAAAAUGUCUGUAGAUUCCCCUUCUGCCAUGAAAAUGCACAUGAACUCCCCAGCUGAUUUUCAGAAAUUGAAUAUCUUCUCACCAAGUGAUAGCAAUAAAGUUGGAAAAACAGAUGUAAACUCACCAUCGGAACUACUGCAUAAAUCUCAACGAAGAUGUGUUCAGGUGGAAAAACAGUUAAAGGAUGACGACAAUAAGCAGUUCCGACUGAUUGAAAUCGAUGACGAUGUACAGAUUCUUGAGGAGGUCGAUGAUGAUGUCAUCUGGAUGGGUGAUGAUAGCUGCUGUUUCCUCGAUAUCUCGGAACCGGACAUCUCCAUGGUGGACCUGAGCGAGGACAUAUAG